AUGCAGAUGCUAGAUGCAGAUGCUAGAGCUGCAGAUGAUGUUAACUCGGCCUUUCUGUCACGCAGCGCCGUAUACAAGGCCCGAUACAAGCCGGCCAACCUUAUCUGCACGGUGAAGCUCAUCGCCUCAGACCGAUUUAAUCGACCCAAGCAAGCUUGCAUUGACAAGGUGGUCGCUUCCGUUGUGCGCAGCCCUUUUCUUGUCAAGUACUACGUAUGCUUCGCUACAAAGGACGCAUAUGUUACAGUGAUGGAAUACGUGUGUGGCGUGGACCUGAUGCGCGUGGUGGAGCGCGCCAUGUUCUUGCCCAUCGACCAGGUGCGCGUCAUUAUGGCCCAGCUCAUCUUGGCCGUAGAGCAUUUGCACCUCAAGGGCUUCUUGCACCGGGACAUUAAGGUGUCCAACAUGCUCAUGAUUCCUGGAGGAAGAGUCAAGCUCAUAGAUUUUGACACCAAUAAAGUUUGCCUAGGACAUUUUACGAAACGUGUCAUGCGGGGCUACUUCCGGCGAACCCCGUUCGAAUUCAGGGAUGGAGAAUCCGCCGGGACUAUUCCCUAUAUGGCUCCUGAAAUUCUCAAACGAAGGCCGUAUGGCCGCGCUUGCGACUGGUGGUCAAGUGGUGUGGUAUUCUACAAGCUGAUGACCGGUCGGGUGCCGUUCCGAGGCAAGACCAAGAAGUUGCUUCGCGACCGCAUCAUUGCGUCGCCCCUCAAAUGGCCGAAAGUGAGCGAACACCCGCACUCGGCCAACACCACCGCCAAAGACAUGGUCUACCUGUUGCUCAAGAAGAACCCCGUUGAACGGCUCGCCUCCAAGCAGUACCGCGACAUCAAGUCGCAUUCCUUCUUCGACGACUUCGACUGGAACCGGCUGCGUUCAACCAACAGCCUUUGCAAUGUCCCUGCAAUAUUCGAGCUGAUGCAGAUAUCGCCGCCCUCAGAUCCAACUACCAACGUGGCUGAACACAGCACGCUAAAUCUGUCCCCCGGAGCUACGACUUCGACAAAGAAGCGCAAGCUGAUCAAACUAGAGGAGCUCACCGACAUGGACAGCUCGUUGCAAAGACCACUCUUCACGUACGCGUCAUCGGGUUACAAGCGACUCGCCUCCAUGCUGAGGGACAGUGAAGACCCGGUGUCCGUCAAUGAAUCUUUCAUGGGCGAAUCCAACGUGUCGUCAUCCGAAAUCGACUACCAGAAGACGACCGACGCGGAAUCCAACUACGGGUUUACCGGCUUUUCGAAAACGGACACAUUCAGCCGAAGCCGUAGAGCGACCGAGAAGCUAGACCUGAUAUUGUUCCGCAAGAAAAGCUUCGGAAGAUUCUGGAGUUUCGGAGUCAACUUGGAAGCAGUGACAGGCGAAGGAGGAACAACCUUCUAUAUUGUCGAGAGCGUGAAGCGAGGCAGCCCUGCUCAGAGGUCCCAGAUUCUGGUCGGCGAUGUGGUGGUCGCCGUCAACGGCACCAAGCUCGCCGGACUGCCUCUCAACAUCGUCCGGAAGAUCAUGAACGCCUCCGGGGACCAGCUUGUCCUCACCGUGCUGUCAUCCAGUCCGUACAGAAUUAUAAACACCAGGCAGGACAUGAACAACAUCCUUCAGUCAUGUGGCCGACAGACGCUAACCCUGUCUCUCGUGCGAGCCGGGUGCCGCAAAGGGGCGUGGUAUGGUUUCACGACGUUCGAGGCGAAAACCUGGGACCAGCAGCAAAAGGCUUUCAGCCGUCUGCAUAUUGUGCAGCGCGCCAAGGACGUGCGUGUGCAGACCGUGGGCCAGAACCUGUUUCCCGGGGACGUGCUGACGCACGUGGACGCCACACCGGCGGACAAAAUGAGCCACUCGAUCCUACGUCAGUACCUGGCCAAGGCGCGGCCCGAUAUCCAGAUCACUAUUGCUCCUCUGUCGCCCCUGCGACGCAAGCGGCCCUCGUCCACGCGACUCCACGAGACUUUCAUGUCCGACGACAGCGUCGGCGAACCCAGCAGCGUGGCCGCCGACAUCAACGACUGACGAAGUCUACUGAGGAUGGAAAAGGUUGUGGGCGACAAGCACGCGCUCUAUAGCGCACUAGUUCAUCGUUUGUACCUUUCUUUUUGUUCGAGACAACCGUUCUCGUGAGCCUGUUUCAUUAAAAUUUCACA